GCCUCACAACUUCCUUUCCUUGGUGACCUGAGAAGGGGAAAGACCCUCCUGGCCCUGGCCCUGGGCCAGCAAGGCCACUAAGGCCCUUAACCAUCAUGGCCUUGAAACCCGAGGACCCCUGUACUGGAUUCCAGCAUGACACAGUGGUAAAAUUCAUCAACAAGAAGAUGACCAGGCACCCAAAAGGCCCCAAGUUCUACUUUCAAAAUCUGUCUCUGUCCUGGGAGGAGAUAGAAGACAAGAUCAAGGCCAUUCUGGAAGACAGCGAGGUGCCCAGUGAUGUUCAAGAGGCCUGUACCUGGGGCAGCCUGGCCCUGGGCAUGCGUGUAGCUCGCAGACAGAGGCACUUACAGGCAUACAGGGUGCAGUGGCUGCACGAGUUGGCCAAACUGCACAAGUCAGCCACUCAAGCCUUGGCCUCGGAUCUGAAGCAGCUCAUAGAACAGCAGGAGGUGGAGCGCAAGGAGGCUGCCUUCAAGCUGUGGCUGGCCCAUGCCAAAUUGGCCCAGAUGCAGAAAGAGAGGGACCUGCUGAGAUGGAAGCUUGUGCAGGCGGAGCUAAGGGCGCUCCCAGGGCCAGCUGUGCAGGAACCAGACACGGCUGCUAUCCCAGAGGUGGAGAUACUAGGAGCAGGUGAGAAGCAGGAGGAAGCAGAGGCUGAAGCUAGUGCCGCGGGUAGAGGAAGAAAAGGAGAAGAAGAGAUGGAUGUGAUCAGUGCAGCCUCAGAGGAGGCCACACAGGAGCUAAGUGAAAGCCUCCUGCAGCUUCUUGAGGUUGUCCAGCAGAAAAAUUACACCUCUGGCAGAGAGAGAGAGGGCGAUGUUGGGCCUGUAGAAACAGCCACGCUUUAUCUCUCUGGGACUCUGCAGGCCACGUCCACAGCCUCACCGGGACCCCUUCCUGUCCAGCUCCCUGCCUCUUUCACAUACAGCUACUCAAGCCCUUUGUCCUGUUUCCCAGCUGCAUCCACCUCAUCCCCACUAGCAGCCACGAGCACAGCACCUGUUCCACCUCAGCUGCCCCCUCACUGCUCAGCCUCCAAUUUUAACUUGUGGUCUGAUGUGUGGGCUCAAGGAGUAGACCCUCCAGAACACCAGAAAAGGAAGAGAGACUCUGAACACCAUCAGCAGAGAAAACAUCGAGGGCAUCGCAAGCCUGGGGAUUGGAACUGCCCUUGGUGUAAGGCCGUGAAUUUUUCACGAAGGGAAAACUGCUUCCGCUGUAGGAGGGGAAUCUGGCUGCAAAGCCCUUAGUAAAACCAGCAACAUGCAAUAAAACACUGCAGUAGGAA